UAUUUAAUUUGAUUAUGACAUGUAUAAAAACAUGGUCAUAUUCCUAAGAAGAAAAACACACAAUUAAUUUCCAGGUUUAAUUUGCAGAAUUAAGAGAAGCAAGAAAUCUAUUACAGUUCCAUGUUCAAAAUUAUGGCCAGCUCUCGACUUCUUUCUUUGUCUAAUUUGUUCAUUUUGGCAAUUGCAUUUCAUUUGGUUUCAGUCAAUGGAAUGUUCUCAGAUAACAUGUAUAUUAACUGGGGUGCCCAUCAUUCUUGGAUGCAAGGAAAUGAUCUUCAGCUUGUCCUUGAUCAAUCCGCAGGUUCGGGUGUACAAUCAAAAGGAGCAUUUCUUUUUGGAAGCAUAGAAAUGCAAAUAAAAUUAGUACCUGGAAAUUCUGCUGGAACAGUCACAGCAUACUAUUUGUCAUCUACUGGUGACAAGCACGACGAGAUCGACUUCGAGUUUUUGGGAAAUGUAUCAGGGCAACCAUAUAUUAUACACACAAAUAUUUUUACUCAAGGUGCAGGAGGCAGGGAACAACAAUUCUAUCCGUGGUUUGAUCCAACUGCUGAUUACCAUAACUAUACCAUUCAUUGGAACCCCAGUGCAGUUGUAUGGUACGUUGACGGUAUACCAAUCAGAGUAUACAAGAAUUAUCAGAGCCAGGGAAUUCUCUAUCCGAACGCACAAGGAAUGAAGGUUUACUCUAGCCUUUGGAACGCCGAUAACUGGGCAACCAGAGGCGGCCUUGACAAGAUUGACUGGACCAAUGCUCCAUUUAUAGCCAAGUACAGAAAUUUCGCGCCGCGAGCUUGUCCCUGGUAUGGACCAGGUAGCAUUCGCCAAUGUGCUGCUCCAACUCCAAAUAAUUGGUAUACUUCUUAUGAGUAUAGUCAAUUGAGCUAUGCUAAGCAAGGGCAAAUGAAUUGGGUAAGGAACAAUUACAUGAUCUAUGAUUAUUGUAAAGAUAAGACGCGAUUCAAUGGACAGAUUCCAGGAGAAUGUUUUAAGCCUCAAAUCUAACAAGUGAAUUGAGUUCGUUGGGAUUCCCAUUUGUGGGAAUAUACUGAGUUUGUUAUUAUUGUUGUUGAGUUGAGUCCGCUGGUAUACUUUGUGCAAAAGAUGUACUAUUAUACUCUUUUUUCCUGAUUCAUAUUGUAACAAUUCAUUCUUUUUCCUGUUUUAUUACCAAGAAAUUAUAUGUAUGCCAUUCUUUUUACAAAUGUUGUUUUUGUUGGUGUA